AUGAACACUGAUGUAUGUGACAAAGGGAUCCAGUACCUGAACACAGGAGGAAAGAAAUCUGUGGAAAAUUCAGGUCCUUCUUCAGUUAUCAGCAAUGAUGAUGAUUCGGCAAGUCCCCUCCAUCACAUUUCGAAUGGGAGUAACACUCCAUCCUCUUCUGAGGGCGGCCCAGAUGCUGUCAUCAUUGGAAUGACAAAGAUUCCUGUCAUUGAAAACCCCCAGUACUUUGGAAUCACCAACAGUCAGCUCAAGCCAGACACAUUUGUUCAGCACAUCAAACGACACAAUAUUGUUCUAAAAAGAGAGCUGGGAGAAGGAGCCUUUGGGAAAGUCUUCUUGGCCGAGUGCUAUAACCUUUCUCCAGAGCAGGACAAGAUCUUGGUGGCGGUGAAGACACUGAAAGAUGCCAGUGAUAAUGCUCGGAAAGACUUCCACCGAGAGGCAGAAUUGCUGACUAACCUACAGCAUGAGCACAUUGUGAAGUUUUAUGGCGUGUGCGUGGAAGGUGAUCCACUCAUCAUGGUUUUUGAGUACAUGAAGCACGGAGAUCUGAAUAAAUUCCUCAGGGCACAUGGACCAGAUGCAGUACUGAUGGCAGAAGGCAACCUUCUAGCUGAGCUGACCCAGUCCCAGAUGUUGCACAUUGCCCAGCAGAUUGCAUCCGGCAUGGUUUACUUGGCAUCACAGCACUUUGUGCAUCGUGAUCUUGCCACCCGGAACUGCCUGGUUGGUGAGAACUUGCUAGUGAAGAUUGGAGAUUUUGGAAUGUCCAGAGAUGUGUACAGUACUGAUUACUACAGGGUUGGUGGUCACACCAUGUUGCCCAUUCGUUGGAUGCCUCCUGAGAGUAUCAUGUACAGGAAGUUCACCACAGAAAGCGAUGUCUGGAGCUUGGGGGUCGUUUUAUGGGAAAUCUUCACCUAUGGCAAACAGCCAUGGUAUCAGCUCUCAAACAAUGAGGUGAUCGAGUGCAUCACUCAGGGCCGAGUUCUGCAGCGACCUCGUACGUGCCCAAAGGAAGUGUACGACUUGAUGCUGGGUUGUUGGCAACGGGAGCCUCACAUGAGGCUCAACAUCAAAGAAAUCCAUUCCCUCCUUCAGAACUUGGCCAAGGCUUCUCCAGUUUACCUGGAUAUUCUAGGCUAGAGCCUCCUAGCAUUUCCUCUUAUGGGCUGUGUGAAUGAAUGUGUUCAACGGCCGCUGAACUCCAUCAAAAUAUGUUCUUAACUCUGACAGUAGUAAUGACAAAGAUGCGGAGAAGCUUUCAAAGGGCAAGCAAUGUGCACUUCUCCAUCUGUAGACACAGUAUUGACUUUUUUGACAUUAUUGAAAUGUAUCUCUUUUCUCUUUCUCUUUCUGUUUCUCUCAUUUUUUCUCCUUCUAUUCAAUCUGGCUUCUGCGUUAUUGUAACUCUGCAUAGACAAAGGCCUUAAAAACCUGAUCUGUUAUAUCAGCAGACACUCCAGAUUGCCCACCACAACUAACAAUGCCUUGUUAUACUCAUGCCUUUGAUGUGGAUGAAAAAAGGGAAAAAAAUAUUUGACUCGAACUUUGUGACUUCUGCUGUACAGAUACUGGGAGUUUCUCUUGAUUCACCUCUACUUUUUUUGCUUCACCGUGUGGGUGGAAAAAGAAGAUUGGUGUUUUCUAUGGGAAGCUUAUUUCUAGUUGAGAUAAAGCCAGAUAGAAAGAAAACAGCGUUGUGUGAUCCACUAUAUGGAAGAACCAUGGGAUUAGAUGGCAUCCAACCCCGCUCAAAAACACUGAAAUGAUUUAAUGGUAGGAAAGGAUUCUGUGCUUUCCUCUGGGAGUCUGUCUGAGGAGUAAAGGGAUUGUUUAAAGAGUGUGCUUGGUUAGCACUUUUCAUCAUCAGAUCCAGUACAAUGGUCUAUGGUAAAAAGAAAAAGAUGCUGCCUGCAUUGCACUAGGUUACACAACACUAUGAUAAGCUAAAUACAAUCCCUCAACUUGUCUUAGAGUAGGAUAUUGUGAUAGCACUGGUAUAAAAGUGUUCUCCAGCUAGCCUUUGGUAAUACAGGCUGAAGCUUGGCUGAUUAAUGUACAGUAUGCAUUUCAGGGUCAAGUGUUGAAGCUGAGGACUUUGAUCAGACAGGACAAGUUGUAGAUGCUGAGGCAAGCUGUAGAUACUGUGCUUGUCAGGCAGCAUAUUCCUACUACUCUCCUUCUCCAUUCCCGUUUUUUCACUGUGCAAGCAAAAUUGUGCAUGGUCUUCGUCGAUUAAUGCCCUUUGUGCAGAAACUAUUGCUCAUCUUGUUGUACACCCUGAUAGGAAUAGCAAAUCCAUAAAGGUAUAACAUAUAUUUAAUUAGAGGGAGCUAAUGGAGGUCAUUAGCUACAUUCAGAUGUCUUUACAUUGUUACAGAUAUGAUACUACGCAAAUAAUCUAAAACAUGGAAAUAGUAGAUUAUGUUUGAUCCAUGGCUGGGGAUGAUAGAAUUAAGUCCCUGGACUUAAUCUAGACCGCUAGAUGUGAUCCUGUGGUUAUCACUUAACAUUAUAGCAUACAGACCCUGAGUUCAGCACCAAUUUCUGGUUGAUCUAGUGGUGUCAUUCCCAGCAUCCACUGUUCUGUAAUUUAUUUAUGUCUGGUUGGAAAGGCAUUGUGUGCAUACAGUAUAUGCAUGGCCACUGUGCUGAUGGCAAGUGCAUGGGCAUCUAUGUUUAUUUUUCAAACAGAUGCUGAAGAUUUAAAAUUUAGAUUUAGGAUUAUUUUUCUUAUGAACUCUUACAAAUGGAAAUAAAUCUUACCUGUUCCUCAAGAACAUUUGCCUCCCUCUGUGAGGGGGCCUUGCUGCAAAAAAUUGUCCUUUCUUUUUUUUUUUUUUUUUAAAUAUUAUGAGCCAGAUCAAAGAGUAGUAGUAGUUCUUCAUCUUUGUGUUGUGGUUAUUUUAUUUAAUACAUUAAGCAUUUUAUUUUUGUAAGUGUUCCCAUAAUAUGUUAAUAUAUAAUUUGCUUGCAUAUAUUAUUUAUUAAAGCUCUUUCUUUUUUCCUUCAGUGGCUUUUAAAGCCAGUUCAUAGAGAUUUUGAACAUUUUCAGAAAUAAAACAAUUGACUGGACAGUGAUGGAGUUGAACCCUCCUCUAUGUCAGUGAAAAGAAGCAUUAAAAAUAAACUUAACAAUGUAACUAUAAAGCCAUAUGCAGUAUUUCUUUAAUAAACCAGAUGUUAUUUCUGAACCACUAGAACUGGAAAUAAAAAAAAAAAAGCCAGAGGAAGACUCAUACAAAAUGGGCUUUAAGAUUUUAUCUGGGCUGUCUUAGAAGUUUGAAUAGCAAUAGCCCUGUUAGAAAAAAAUUGAACAUUCAGGGAAACCCAUUCUCUUGAGGGCCUGAGUUUUAUGUUUUUAAGAAAUUCAGUUUCAAUAUAACAGAAAGUGGAAAAGAAAAUGUAAAGUGUCAGAGUCCACUGAGACUACACUUUUAGUGUGAAGAGGGAAGGGUUGUGUGUUGGGGAAGGGAGGUACAAAACUCCUACCUGUUGUAUUCUGUCAUAGUUCCUUAUGCCCUUUAGAAAAAUGUAGCCUUUUUGUCUCCAAGAUAUUGUUCUCUCUGAGCAAUGGCCCUAACCUGAAAGCAAACAGGUAGGUUUUGCAAGAACUAAUAGAAUGUAUACCAAAAAUGAAGAAAAAAAAUACAAUUUGAUCUAGUGGCAUCCUUUUUUCAUUACUAAAAGAGCAUACUAGAGUCAUGUAUGGGGAAAAUAUAGUGUGUUAGAAUACACUGUGCAACAGCAUAUCAGUAUGUCAAACUUAAAGGACCAAAUGUUCUACAGAGCCAAAAAUAUGAAUAAACUUGGCCUAUAUCACACAUGUGAACAGUAGUCCAUAAAAGCUAUAAUCAGUGUAGACUAGCUAUUAACUAAAGCUAAACCUUUUUUUGCAUUUAUUCAUAAGAAGGGGUGUAAGUGUAGCAAAAUGAGUGGAAAAGAGAAAAAGAAAUAUGUUCAAAUGGCAAUGAGGGGUGAGUGUAUGUAUAGACAUUUGUCAUGCUUGCAACUUCAGCUAAAUCUUGUACACUGAGCAAAUAUGACAAUCAGGCUCAUUACAAAAUCUUUCUGGACUAUGCU